AUGCAGAGAGAUCCAAGACAAGACCGCUCCAUGACUUCAAUCACCACAGCUGAAAGACGUCUGUCGACCGUGAAUCCACCCAACGAAAUUUCUCCGGAAGCAAGAUUUGGUCAUGACACCACCUUCAACUCACGCAGUGCCAUCGGCGGCAUAGUUAGACCUAUUACAGUUCGUCCUGGAUGCGUAAUUGGAUCUAACGUACAUGUCAAAGCAAAUGUCUACCUUAACGACAAGGUAGAACUCGGCAAUCACACGAAAGUUGAGGAGAACGUGAGGAUUGAAACAUCGGUUCUCAUUGGUCAAGAAGUGACGAUUGGCGAAUCAACUUCUAUAGGUAAACAUUCAAAGAUUUAUCCUGGAGUGGAGAUUGGAGCAAAUUGUAUUAUUGGAGCCAAGGUCUACAUCGAAGCUGGCGUAGUCAUAGAGGAUGGAGUACAAAUUGGAGAUGGAACAGGAAUUGGCAGAGGUUCGCGGAUUUUAAAUACAGCGACGAUCGGUCGAGGAGUUUUGAUUAAGGGGGGCGUUAAAGUUGGAGAACAUGCAAUAAUUGGACAUAAAGCUUCCAUACUCAAUAAUGCUGAUGUGAAGACAAGAGUACAGAUAGGUAAAGGGGUCAUCAUUCAAGAGGGUAUGUUAGUCCGUGCGAAUAUCCCUGAUGUUCGGGGUCCAAAUUAG